AGCAGAAUUCGUCAGAAGGAAAAAACGACGUCAUUUUAGCGCUUUGCCGAGCUCCCAGAAAACCUGUUACGGUCAUCGCCCAAUUUUUACAGAGAGAGAGAGAGAGAGAGAGAGAGAAGAGCUACUAUGCCGAAGAGAACGACACACACGUACUCGAGCGAGGAUGCAGCACCGGACGGCCCCGACUCCGAUCUCUUCGUCUACUACUGCAAGCACUGUGGAUCUCACGUCCUUAUUACUGAUACCCAAUUGCAGAAAAUGCCCAAAAGGAAAACUGACAGAGCGUAUGUGUUGGACAAGAAGAAGCAUCUUGCAAGGCUAAAUAUUGAUGAGGGAGGGAAAGUUCUCUUGAAACGUGGUGAAGGUAAAUUAGAAAAGCAAUUCCGUAUGAGCUGUAUGGGUUGCGGGCUGUUUGUUUGCUACCGCUCAGAAGAAGAUCUGGAAUUUGCUUCUUUCAUUUAUGUUGUUGAUGGUGCACUAAGUACAGUUGCUGCUGAAACCAACCCACAGGACGCUCCUGUGCCUCCCUGCAUAUCACAGUUAGAAGGAGGGCUUGUACAAGUGGCAAUAGAAGUUGAAGACCGUGCUCAACGCUCAGCAAUUACGAGAGUGAAUGCUGAUGAUGUUCGGGUGACUGUAGCUGCACCGGCAGCCCGUGGGGAAGCUAACAAUGAACUCCUGGAAUUCAUGGGCAAAGUGUUGGGUCUGAGAUUGAGUCAGAUGACUCUUCAGAGAGGCUGGAAUAACAAAUCAAAGCUCCUUGUGGUGGAGGAUUUAUCUGCCAGACAGGUGUAUGAGAAACUCUUGGAGGCUGUACAACCUUGAAAACUCAGUUAUAUGACCUUUUCUGUUUCUGUACGACCUUUUUUACAAUCUUGUGCAAUUAUUAAAUGAGUUGGUGCAUUAUUGUACUAAUUCAACUUGAUAUACUUGGCAAUGCAUUGUCUGAUUCCAUUGCCAUAUUACCAUUAUGGUCCAAUAUUUUGUGGAAUGACAAAAAUGGGGGCAUGUAUUUUAAGUCUCGAUAAGAUUAAGAUUAA